UAAGCAGUCGGUAAUGUUUACCAGUGCUUCUGAAACGAUUUUCAAGCUCUUGAUUGUGCUCUACGGCCUUCAGCAUAUAGAAGGUUGUGCGCUUAAGUGCUUAAAUGGCGGCACGCUUUUAGGAUCAUGUAAGAGAUGCAAAUGUGCUCCACAGUGGACCGGAGAUAACUGCACAGAACCAUGUGGUGGUAUUGUAUCUUCUCUAACUGGCCACGUAGAGUCGUAUGGGUUUCCAAUGUACCACAGAAACAACGAAAACUGUAGUUGGAUUGUUGAUGCCUCUUCUAAUUCUACCGUCAUUCUUUCGUUUAAAUCAUUAAACUUGGAAAAUGGCUUUGACUUUGUGUACGUGUACAAAGGAAAAACUACCGAUUCUCAACUAGUUGGAGCAUACACCGGCAAUGAGGCUCCAUAUGAAGCAAUAGUGGAGAGUCCGUUUCUAAUAGUAUUUUUGACUGACAGGUUCGUCGUCAAGAAAGGGUUUUCAUUGUAUUGGAAAACAUAUCGAGGUUUAAUUCCCAGAUUUAUGGAUGGUAACCACUUCCAUAAAACGGUUGCAAAGGACAGCAAAGUCAAUUUAAUGUGCAAUGCUAUUGCAGUUCCUGAACCUAAAAUUGUGUGGAGAAAAGAUGGAACUGUAAUUGCUGCAAGCAAAAUAACGAAAGAUGGAAAUGAGCUUGUCCUCUAUCGUGUUAACGAAGCAGACGCCGGCUGGUACACGUGUGAAGCAGGAAACUACUUGGGAACUACACAGCGCAGUUUUCAACUCACAGUACAUGUAUUUCCCGUAAUAAUUGAAAAUCCUGCAAGCAUUAGCUUCAACUAUUUCGUUAACGGCAAUCUCCAAGCGGCAUUUUGGUGCAAAGCGUACGGAAUACCUGAACCUACUAUAAACUGGAAAAAAAACGGAGUUCUAAUACAAAGAACAAAAGCCUCAUUUAUUAAUACAAACCGAUGGCUCAUUAUUAGUCGGGUAACAUACGCUGACUUGGGAAGCUACUCUUGCCAUGCCACCAAUUUGCUAGGGCAAGCGGACUCGCUUCAUGCAACUUUAUCUGCUGUACGACAUGCUGAUCAUACUUUCUCAUUUGAGCUAUUGAAAUUUGAACACACUCCAACCGUUGUUAUCUAUCGUCCUAGUUACAUGUAUUUACGUUACAAUGGCAGCAACAGCAGCCUAGACUUCAGAGUGUACAGAAAUGGAAUCCAUGUCAACCCUUCAACUAAUAGAAGAUUCACGUCCUCGUAUUCGAAAAAUCAUUUUCUAUUAAAUAUGUCAUUUGUGACAACAGCAUAUGAAGGAAUAUACGAACUUAGGUCUGUCGUCUCUAAAAUUUCUUUCUUUACUGUCAUGGAUGUUCUGGUUCCUCCCACUACAUUCAUCAUGACUAAGAAGGAUGAUUUAACAACAUUUUAUGUCCCAACUACUAUAUCCUGUUACUCCGAAAUGGCUCAUCCAAAGCCAAUGUUUACGUGGUACAAAAACGGUGUGGCUAUUAAUAACACUUGGGUUGGGCAUAAAAUUUAUCAAGACAACAUGAACAGUUAUCUCAUGGUAAAUUACAAAGGAACUGACCAAAAUGCUAACGAGUACAACUGCAGAGCAAGUAACGUUGCAGGAUCGAGUAAUGCAUGGUAUAGACUAACCGUUCCAGUAAUCGACGGUUGGAUAAAAAUUAACAGAGGGUCGAAUUGUAAUGCAUCUUGUGGAUCGCAGUAUAGCACGACACUUGUGCAAAAGAAAUGCGUCAUUAGUGGAGUACGAUGUGAUGGACCAUCAAUAUAUUUGGAAGCAUGUCAACCAAACACUGACUGUUCAACAAAUGAUACAAGUGGUGACGCUACCAGUUCAGAUGAAAAUGUAAUUGCGACAGGUCGUACACUAGACAGCGGAAAUUCUGAAAGUUCUCCAAUGCCUUCUCAAAAAUCAGUGCUAACAAACUAUGCUGUUACCAUAGAUACAAGUGGUUACGCUACCAGUUCAGAUGAAAAUGUAAUUGCGACAGGUCGUACACUAGACAGCAGAAAUUCUGAAAGUUCUCCAAUGUCUUCUCAAAAACCAGUACUAAGCAGUGAUUCAGGACAAGGCAUGUCUACCGGUGUCAUUAUUGCAGUUUCCGCAGUAGCCGCAGCGAUCUUUACGGCCCUUACCUGCGCAGUUGUGUUCUUUUUUGUUCAAAGACGAUCGAAACAAAAGCAAGAUAUAUAUGUUAAUGCGAUUGAGCUUCCAAAGAUAGAGCAAAUGGAAGAAAACAAGUCUUACGUUCGUAAGCAUUGUUUAUCUGAAAGGCCAGAAGCGAUCUAUACCGAACCUGACUUGAAUGAUCACUAGUAGAAACUAUGAGACAUGCAUAACUUUUAGUUCAUGCAUGCAUAAUUUUGUUUGCACGUACUUAGUUUGUGCGUUUUCGCAUAAAUCUGAUAUGUAAUUAGCAGGGAUGUGUUGUCAGUGAUACAAGAGCAGGCAUAUAUCAAGUUUUCAAAUUUCUAUAGUGACUGAUUGAAGCUAAUUAAAUACAAAGACUUUCUAAGUUAAUAAUAAAAAAUUUGAA